UAUUGUCAUAAUGUGGACUGAUGUUGUUCAGUUCGGUUCGGAAUCAUCAUGGCGCUCUCGAACAUGGAAAACAACGGUGAGUGAAACGCUCUCUGAACCAUUGCCUUCAAAUCUCGUGCAACUCUCGAACAUGGAAAACAAAGAUAUGUCGCGGGAUGUAAGCAGCGAGAUUCCCAAUGGCGUGACCACCGUUUUCGCUGCUGCCUCUAAGUGGAAUGACUCACAAUUAAAUCCAACCAUGGACGGUAAACGGUCGCUGGAGACUGUGGAAAGCGCUUUCUCCAACGCAUGUGCUUCAGGCGACAUAGCAACAGUUCGUGCCAUUCUGUCGGACUUACGAUUCUCAGUGGACUAUAGUGAUUCGCUGGGGAGAACCCCUCUUCGGCUUGCUGUUCGGAAUGAACACCUGGAGAUUGUUGAGCUUCUCCUGGAACGCUGCAGCAGCAUCGGCGUCCGCGAGGCUCUCCUUCUAGCUAUCAAUAGCGGCAACGUCCAGAUGGCUGAGCUAAUACAGAGCCACACAACUAAGGACAAGCGGACACUAAGUCAUGGCGAUGACGACUACUUCUUUAGUCAGAGCCAUGAAGACUCUCAGUUCUCGGCCGACACCACGCCCCUUAUUUUGGCAGCCAAACGAAACCAUUUCCAGCUUGUGCAGAUGCUGAUACGACAAGGGGAGACAAUCCCUACGCCUCACGCAUACCUCUGUAACUGUCGGAUUUGUAUCAAUAAGCGACAGUUUGAUCAACUGAGGCUGGCCAAGACUCGUCUCAAUGCAUAUAGAGGCCUCAGUAGUGAAGCCUUUAUUUCCCUUUCCAGUAAGGACCCCAUUCUGAGAGCAUUCGAACUUGCUAAAGAGUUAAGGAAUAUUGCAGAGAUAGAGAAAUAUUACAAGACAGAGUAUCUAUCCCUGGCCGACAAGCUGAGCGAGUUCGUAGUCAAACUGUUGGAUAAGGUCAGAUGUCAUGACGAACUAGAGGUCAUCUUGAACAAGGUUGCAGGUGAAGAUGAGGAAGAGGAAGAGACGUUCGCCCCUUUGGAGAGAAUUCACCUGGCUAUAGAAUUCAACGAGAAAAAGUUCGUUGCACAUCCGAGCUGUCAGCAGACGCUAGUGAGUAUCUGGUAUAGCGAUGUGAGACCGUUAGAGAGCACCAACUGGUUACUGAGGAUCCUGCUGGGUUUGUCCAUGACCAUCUUGUACCCUGUGUUAGCCGUCAUCCUCUGGACAGCUCCCUCUUCCAGGGUUGCUAGAAUCCUCCGCUCUCCGUGUGUGAAGUUCACUGGGAGGAUGAUCUCACAGGCUCUGUUUCUCAUGUUCAUUCUCGUCGCAUCCCUCGAGCAUCCAACUGAUCGCUUGUUGACGUCAUAUGGCCCACUACUCAACAUCAGUGCCCACUAUCUCAGCCCGAACUGCACGGAUGAGACGCUUUGUGACUUUGCCGUGCGGUCGUCCGAGUUUGAGAUCAUGAAGAUUCUCAUCGGACUGUGGUUGGCAGGUUUGUUAUGUCAAGAGAUUCAGGAGUUCUACAAGAGCGGCAUGUCCGGCUACUUCGACUCCAUCUUCAACUACAUGGACACCGCCGUCAUUGUGCUGUAUAUCACCUGGGCCAGCCUGAAACUGGUGACAGUCCACAAGGUGAAGAUUUCUCUGGAAUAUUUCACACACGAAACAUCCUGGCACGCCCUCUCCGAACGACAGACGGAGGCACAGCUGCAUCUCUAUUGGUUGAUAGCAGAUCGAUACUACUGGGACAGAUACGACCCAGAGAAUGUGAUGGAGGCCGUGUUUGCUGUAGCCAAUAUAAUCAGCUUCACUCGAAUCAGUUACAUCUUCCCAGCUGAUGAACUUCUGGGUCCUCUUCAGAUCUCUCUUGCCCGGAUGGCCACGGAUAUUUUGAAGUUCGUGGUUAUAUUUAUGGUGUUGUUCAUGGCCUUCUACGUGGGCCUCCACAACCUGUACUGGUACUACCCACCUGUAACACGCAAAGCCUGGGAGCUCCGCCCACACAACAUCACAACGAAGGCCGAGAAACACUUUGGCCUGCAUAAUCAAACCUUUAUGACGGUGUUUUGGGCAACUUUCGGACAAACGGACAAUACGGCAGUUGAACUUGGUGAAUUCCAAAAUAUUUUCACUCAGAACAUAGGAUACUGGAUAUUCGGGGCCUACAACAUCGCCAUCGUCAUCGUCCUGCUCAACAUGUUGAUUGCCAUGAUGACGCGAUCCUUCGACAUCAUUCAGUCGGAAGCUGACACGGAGUGGAAGUUCGCCCGCAGCAAAUUGUACAUGGAAUACAUAAAAGGAGACUGCGUUCUGCCCGUCCCCUUCAACCUUUUCCCCUCACUCAGGGCCCUGCUCGGUCACUUCCGCCGCAUUCAGGACUGUUUCACUACCAAGGACGAUCCUGCCCCCAUGUACCAGGGGAGAGUCAGGGACGCUGAGAUGUUUCAAACUCAUACAACCACACCGGGCCGUCGACCCACUAUGAAGACUGGUACUAAAGACGUAAAGGACCCCGGUCAAGGCAUCGAGACGUUCCGCAUAGGGCUGUCCAACACUCUCGUCCGCAAUUACACAGUAGACAGUUUCGCGAGCGGCAAACUAACCUACAAGCGUGUGAUACACAGGGUGAUUCAUCGCUACCUAUUCGACAUGCAGCGAGGGGAUGGUGAUGAAGACGACACUAAGCAAGACAUAUCUACCUUCCGUCACGAAAUUCUCACAACACUUCACGAGACUAGAAAGGAGGCAAGUGAAAUGUAUGAGAAUAUGAACGAAAGGUUGGGGCGACUUGUCAGUGACUUUGUGGCUCUUAGUAAGGACAAACCACCAGUGAAUCACCAGUGAAUCUGUAUCUACUUGCCACGCUGAUCUUCAGCUUCAAACAAAUAUGUUAUCGUGCCGACUUAUUAGGUAUUGUCUAAACUGUUUUUAUACCAGUAUUAUCUGAUUGCUUAAAUUUUGAUUUAACAACAUGGUUUAAUCAUACAUGUAUAUUCAAAAGGCUUUACAAUGUUAUCAUAUUGUUAUCAAAUAGUUUGUCCUGUGACCAUACGUUAUAAUGGUGUUAUCAAAUAUUAUUUGAUUCUGUUUAAUAAUAGUUUCACGAAUUUAUCAUAUGGUUUGGUAAAUAUAAUAUCAUAUUGUCAGCAAAGCAUUUUACGUUGCUAUAAUAGUAUGUUUUGAUACUGUUAAAAAAUAUUUAUACUAUUCUUUCAUAAUUUUACCUUGUAUUUCUGUGAUUUAACAAUAUAAUAACAAGUUUUUCCAGAGUUUGUAUGACGUUCUUAUCUGAAUGUUAGAUGAUGUCCCGGAGCAUGGUGACAUGGUAAGAUGGUGAAAUAAAGUGUACAUCUGAUUAGAGAUAACUGUUUCCCAUGACGACAAGCGAUGUCAUUUAAAGGAGUGUCGAUAUCAUACACUUACAGGCAAGAUUAUUGCACGUUCAAAAUAAAAUGUUCUAAA